AUGCGCAGGCGAAGAAAGCUUUCGGGUGCUGAUGGCGGAGGGAAGAGAGGCUUGCAGGUGGAAAGCUCCAACGCUCUAAAGUCCCUGGUGCUUGAUGCAACCGGCGACGAGCAGGCAGACCUCUCCGGUGUGAACUGGGAUGCGCCGGCGGAUGCGGUCAGGUGUCGGCAUGGAGUCCGCUUUAAGGUGGUCAAUCCUGACGUUCCUGAGCGUCUUCGCUUUGUCUCCACUGGCCCAGCGUCGCAGGCGAUGCGGCAGCUCUUGCUCGCAAUAGGCACUGGGAGCCCGGUGCUGGUGGGCGGCCCUGCUGGAGUGGGGAAGACCGCCUUUGUAAGAAGGGCAGCAGAGUUGAUGGGGCAGCAGGAGCCCGUCUUUUUGUUCUGCGAUGAGCAGACUGACAUCAAGAUGCUGCUCGGUGCGUACGUUUGUGGUGAGACUGUAGGGGAAUUUGUUUGGCGGCCUGGCGUUGUGACAGAAGCUCUUCAAAAGGGCAGGUGGCUGGUGUUGGAAGAUGUGGACAGAGUCCCUUCUGAGGUUUUGGCUGCAUUGCUCCCUCUUUCAGACUCUCGUCGGCUGGUUAUACCCGAUCGGAACCAGUGUCUUUCCGCACACGAGGAUUUUCGACUCUUUGGUACGCUGUCCUGUGGCUCGGAGCCAGUGCGCUGGUCCUCACACGGGACCAAAGAUGGUGUCCAAGAGGAGGCUAUCGUUGUCGCUGAGGAAGGCGGUGAAGAAGAUGAGGAAGACGAGACUGACGCUCUACUUGCAGGAGAUCCUGGAGCAAGGGGUCGCGUUCCAGCCCUGGUAAGUGCUUGGGCGCGAGUCUGGUUGGCACCGCUUCAAGAGCUUCACCUCGCCGAAGUGAUCACCGGCUUGUUCCCGGAGCUUGAGCCGAUCCGGGGGCAGCUGCUGGACUCUGCUUCGGCUCUGCGGCUUGCCACGGAGGAAGCCGGGCCGAGGGCCGUGCUUGGUGGCUUGCCGGCGACCGGACCGCGAGAUCUGCUGCGCUGGUGUUCGCGGCUCCGGCUCUCGAACCUCGUGCUGAGUCCUAGCUUCACCGAAGACAGCCGAACCGCUCUUCUCCGGGAGGCAUUGCAGGUGGUCCUUGGGCGAGUGGCUGACCUCCGCCUCCGCCGCGCCUUCCUGUCGUGCCUGGCUCCGAUCUGGUCCCUGAGCUCGGGAAUCGCGGAAGCGCUGCUGCAGGAGCGGCCCACAGUGACCUUGCUGCCAUCUACCGCUCCCGAAAAGGUUCAGAUCGGCAGCAUCACUCUUCCUCUUUCAGUGCGAGGAGAAGAUCCAGCUGUCCGAUGCGCACCGUUUGCCUACACAUCAGUCCAUGCCCGAAUCCUUCAGGCUCUGGCAUCCGCGAUCCGUGCUGAUGAACCUGCGCUGCUGGUGGGUGACACUGGUACCGGGAAGACCUCGGUCGUGCAGCACAUCGGCCGUUUGUUGGGACAAGAGGUGCUUGUUUACAAUUUCAACGAGCAGAGCGAGUCCACUGAGCUCAUCGGCGGCUUUCGUCCAGUUGACAAUGUGAUGCAGCUUAUGUCUGAGCUUGUCGAGCUGUUCUGCUCCAUCUUCGAGAAGUCUUUCUCGCGGCGCAAGAACGCGAGGCUUUUGGAAAAAGCUCGAGGGGACUUUCUGGGCCGACGAUGGGCUUCGGUGCUUCACAGCAUUGGCAGCGUGAUGUCCAAGGCCAAGCAGAGUCUGAGCGAUCCUGUGACUCAAGCCUCGAAAGGUGUGAAGGGCACACACCUUGCCGCAGAGUGGGAAAUGGUCCAGGACCUCCAUAAAAAGGCAUCAGCAGUGGUCGCAGCAGGCUCCGCGCCGCGCUUCGAGUUCAAGGAGGGCUUGCUCGUCCAGGCGGAUCGAGGCGAACAUGUACUGUCUUCUCCUGAAGCCCCGAUUCUUCUUCUGAUGCUCGCACGGCGAUCUACUGCAUGCUUUGUCGUGAUCCUGGUCAGCUGGCAUUCUUUCCUUGUCUUCGUCACGGGAAGUUUGUCAAGAGAGGCAGUUAACCGAGUGGUACGGUUCGCGCGCGGAUUUGGCAAUGAAGGGCAGCCAACUGCCAAGACAGAAGAGCAGCAGGUGAAGACAAAGAAGGGGCUGAGGACAACGAAGGCUGCCAUUCAGUUCUUUGAGAAAGCCAAAGGGUAUCGAGAAGGCGGUGACAAUGUGAAAGCCGUCCAGAUGUAUCGAAAGGCCCGUGUUGCCAUCGGCAAAGCGGCAGGGAAGGGAUCUAAAGACUAUGCCCGGGUAUGCAGCGACCUCGCAACUGCAUACCUUGACCUGGAGCAGCAGGACCAGCAGGAUCGUGCGGCAGACCUCUAUGAAGAGUCACGAAGAGCGUUUGAAAGUUCUGUCGGCACAACUCAUGCCGAGUAUGCAGGCUGCCUACGAAAUUUGGCAAGGCUGAGACGAGCUUUGGGCAAUAUAGCUGAGGCAGAAACUUUGUUGAAGGAAGCUUCACACAUCUAUGCGGGCGAUUUAGGCAGCUUUCAUGAGGAGUAUGCGAUGACCCUGAGAAGCCUCGCCACCCUUUACCAAGAACAAGGCCAGAUGGAGCUUCUUCAGCCCAUCUUACUCGAAGAGCAGCGCGUGAGGACUUUAGCUGCCAGCCUUGGCCGACGCUAG